GUGACGCUCAGCCGCGCCCUCCGGAGCGCGGGUCUCUGCUGCGGACGCCGGGGGCCGGCGCGCCGUGGGCCGCCCCCGGCCUCGGCGAGUGUAGCGAGCCUGCAGGCCAGUGCCUGCCCGCCGUCCGCGGCCCGGCGCUCGGGCUGGGCGGGGAGGCCGCCGCGCAGACGCCGCCCGCUGCACCGCCGCUUCCGCGUCGCCGGCUUCCGGCCGCUGCGGCCGCCAUUUUGCUCGCGCGGAAGCGCCGCGGUGGGGUGGGAGCCCGAGCGGGAGCCCCGCGGGCUGUGCGGCCGCCGCCAUGCCGUCGUCCCCGCUGCGGGUGGCGGUGGUGUGCUCGAGCAACCAGAACCGGAGCAUGGAGGCGCACAACAUCCUCAGCAAACGGGGAUUCAGUGUCCGAUCCUUUGGAACAGGGACUCACGUGAAGCUUCCAGGACCAGCUCCAGACAAGCCCAAUGUUUAUGAUUUCAAAACCACAUAUGACCAGAUGUACAAUGAUCUUCUUAGGAAAGACAAAGAACUCUAUACACAAAACGGCAUUCUGCACAUGCUGGACAGGAAUAAGAGGAUCAAGCCGCGGCCGGAGCGGUUCCAGAACUGCAGAGACCUGUUCGACCUGAUCCUCACCUGCGAAGAGCGAGUGUACGACCAGGUGGUGGAAGAUCUGAAUUCCAGAGAACAGGAGACCUGCCAGCCGGUGCACGUGGUGAACGUGGACAUCCAGGACAACCAUGAGGAGGCCACCCUGGGCGCGUUUCUCAUCUGUGAGCUCUGCCAGUGUAUCCAGCACACGGAGGACAUGGAGAACGAGAUCGACGAACUGCUGCAGGAGUUUGAGGAGAAGAGCGGCCGCACCUUCCUGCACACCGUCUGCUUCUACUGAGCCCAGCGCCCGGGCGCCCUCUCCAGCUCCCUUUUGUUCAUACUUUUCCUUCCUGAUGUUGUUUUCACUUACAGGUGUGCAGCUGGUGACGGUAGCAUUACCCAGAUAAACUGCAUAUGACAGGGGAGAGGUCUAAAUGCCACACGAAAGCAAUCAAGUUUUUUCCUUCCCACUUUUACUUAACGAGCGGGAUAUUGAUUUUAGUUUUUUUCUUUAACCGAAAAGGAAAGACAGCGGUUUGUGUUCACUUCCCGGCCGUCCCUGUGUCCCCGUGUGCCUGCCCCCUCCCCCCUUCCCACCCACAGGCAGUGUUCAGUGACCUGGAAUUGUCUAAUAAAUAGAUGCUGCUGUCA